GUGCUACACGAAGGCCUGUACUGUAUGGGAGCGCACUACAACAACAACAACGUGCGGAAGUAAUGUAGCGGGAGUUCACCACGCUCUAGUCCCUAAUCUCCGUCUCACAUGUUUACGCAUCUCUUCUCACAGUGUGCAGAUUAUUGUACAAGACGUCUGCAUGGUGAUUUGGCGUGACCACAAGCUGACUGAUAUGGCGCAGUGUGCUACACGAAGGCCUGUACUGUAUGGGAGCGCACUACAACAACAACAACGUGCGGAAGUAAUGUAGCGGGAGUUCACCACGCUCUAGUCCCUAAUCUCCGUCUCACAUGUUUACGCAUCUCUUCUCACAGUGUGCAGAUUAUUGUACAAGACGUCUGCAUGGUGAUUUGGCGUGACCACAAGCUGACUGAUACUUCUAAUAUAUAUUCGAACAGACAGAUACACAGAUGGACGCUUCUUUGCUUGUUGAAGAGGAAUCUGCGAGUGUAAGUUCUGUAGAUCACACAAGUUCCCUCGGCCUGGAUCUCUCAGAUGUCAGGCAAAAGGAGGACUGUGAGAAACAUGGGAAUGAAAGACAGGAGGAUGUCGAAGUAGAAAUAGAGAUGGUUGAGGAAGACCAUCAGAUUAGCCAUGAAGAAGAGGAAGAAAAAAAGGCUGAAAACGAGGGGACGAGUCCACAAGGAACGGACAUACAAGAGGAGGAUAUGGUGUCAAAGCAUGAAACCUGUGGACUAGAACAGAACGAGUGUGAAGAUAUGGCUGAGGAGAAGAAUAAUACCAGUCAGGAGGAGGUAGAGGAGAACAUAUCACAGGUAGCUUCUGAUCUAGAUAAGAAUAUUAUUGACAACCAGAAGAAUGAAGUAAAAGAGGCGGAUGAGGUAAAUAUAGAAGAGACGGGACACCAGAUGGUGCAGGAGACAUCAGAGGAAAAUAAUGCAAUGGAAGAAAUGGAGCACGAGAGUUCAGAGCAAUAUCAGGAACCCAAAGACUUGGAAGUAAUUGGAGAAAACACACAGGACGGUUUAGAUGGUACAGCUGCACCUGAAGUAGAAGACGUUAAGAACGACAGAUGUUCUGGAAAAGCAAGGGAUGCCAAUGACCCCGAAGAGAAGAUGCAGGUGGAUGAUCCGGAAGAUGCAGAGUCUUUUGUGAACGUAGUUUUGUUUGAAGCUAAAACCGAAAUCCCAUUCGACGAGACGGUUUUUAAAAGCACAUCACAAGACUCAUCUGAAAGAUCGAUUAAAACGGAAAACCAUCCAAAUCAAGAUUUAAAGGAUUUGACGAAUGACCUUCCAGGACACACACCAGAGCAUUCUGUUCAUCCUGAACCGGAGGCUGAGAAAAAGACGACGACUCCCACUCCUACUUCCCCUCUUGUGAAGAUCAAGGAUGAACCUGUGGAUGAGGAAUAUGAGAAAGCUCUUGGGCCUCAGGCUCCAGCUGAAAAGAUCAAGGAUGAACCAGAUACAUCUGAAGAGUUUGGCCAGAAGACGUCAGAGCAGAUCAAGAUCAGUGCCGUUUUCUCAGUCGGUGGAAGCUCUACGGCAUUAGGAUCUCCAGCUGCGGCUGCUGCGUCAAAAGCCCCAUCGAACACCUCAGUGCCUGUCUCGACUCCAAGCCCUGCCACGUCUCUGUGUGUGGUGUGUUCAGGCUGUAAAAAAAUCCUGCUAAAAGGCCAGACGGCAUUCCAGCGCAAAGGCUGCUCUCAGCUUUACUGCUCACCGCGCUGCCUGUACAGCUGCUCAUCCGCCGAGUCUGUGCCCAUUCCUGGCUCUAAAAAAUCCUGCUAUUACUGCCACAAAAGUAUUCCAAACCCAAAGGAUGUCGUCACUGCCGCUGUGGAUUCAACAAAAUCACUAAAGGAUUUCUGCAGUCAGAAAUGUCUCAGUGCCUUUAACUACAAGAGGGACAGUGCAAAUUCUGCACUUGGCACCAAAUGCAGCAUGUGUCACAAUUCCUGCACUAUUCGCCAUGAGGUGAACUUCAUGGGCAGCGUCUAUAGGCUAUGCAGUAACGCCUGCUUUCACCAAUUCCGCUCAUCUAAUAAGCUCAGCAUGAACUGCUGCACGUCAUGUGGAGGGUACUGCUACAGCGGCGACGACAAGAGCCCAACUUUGUUAUUGGAUGGCACCACUAAGAAGUUUUGUAGCCAAAACUGUUUCUCCACCUUUAAAAAGAAGUACACCAAGGUCGUGCCCUGUACGAUGUGCAGAGUUUAUCGUGCCGUAAAAGAGAUGGUGGAAAACAUAAAUUCGGAGGGCAACACCGAGCUGUUUUGCUGCACUGCAUGUGUGACUGCUCACAAAGUACAAGCGGUCAGCUCAUCAGGUUCUGCACUGGAAUGCAACCACUGUAAGAAGUUUCUUGUGCCUCAGUAUCACCUCGCCAUGUCCGACGGUACCAUGCGCAACUUCUGCUGCUUCACCUGCGUUAUAUCAUUUCAGGAUGCCUUCAACAAGACAAAUACUCAGAGCAACCAGCUUAAUGUUGUUCCUUCAGUUAACACGGCUCAGAUGAAGUCUUCCCCCACAGCGCAGUCUGUAUCUACAGAGUCCAGCGGAACCCAAAGCCCCUCAGCAUCCAAAUUCUCCUGUGCACAAUGUCAGCGUUUAUUCUUCUCCAAGCCUGAGCUUAUGGAAUUUAAGGGAAAGAUGUACGUGUUCUGUGAUAAGACAUGCACCGAUGAGUUCAGGAGAACACACUACAUCAUGGCACAGUGUGUGUACUGCAAAAUCGAAAAGGUGGUGAAGGAGUCGAAGAGGAUUAACAACGUGGACUGUUCUUUCUGUAGUGAAGGCUGCAAACUUCUCUACAAGCAUGACCUUGCUAAACGCUGGGGAAAGAGGCAUUGUCGCAACUGCCUCUACUGCAGCAGCACUUCUCAAACUGUCAUGACCAGCAUCUUUUCUGGUAAACAAGAGGAGUUCUGUGGGAACGAAUGCCUGUCUCAGUACACAUUGUUAUUCUGUGAGGUGGCCAAAUGCAGCACGUGCAAGCGUGCCAGGAAGAUGACGGAGUCGGUAAAAUGGCUGAAUGAAAUAAAACACUUCUGCAAUCUGAAGUGUCUGAUGCUCUUCUGUAGUCAUCAAGCAUGCACUACGACCUCUCCUGGAAGUGCUUCCAAACCUGCCAUUACACAAGCCUCCACAGUGCCAGUCUCCAUAGCACCUGUGAUCCAAUCCACUACCACCAACAUAACAACUCUUCCAUCACUGGCUUCAAACGAGGCCACUCCUGUUAUCGCCAACGUUAUCUCACUAUCUAGCGCCACCAACGGACAGCCUAGUGUCCUGGGCAAUGCAGCAUUGCAAGGAACUGUACCUUCUGUUGUGAAGCUGUUAGGACAUGCCAGCACGCAGACAGAUAGCGUGAAGACGCCCUCUGCUCCGACGAGAAUCCUGAAGAACAAAGCUUUACUGUGCAAACCGAUGAACCAAAACAAGGGCACGUCCUGCAAGCCCAACACUUCUGAUGUUAACACGCAAACAGAUAAAACCCCACCUGAAGUAAUAGUGUUACCCGUACCAGUGCCAGUGUUUGUUCCUGUGCCUAUGCACCUCUACACACAGUACACACCAUAUUCUCUUGGACUUCCUUUUCCGGUGCCAGUGCCCAUGUUUUUGCCAACUACUCUGGACAGUGCUGAGCGAAUAAUAGAAACCAUUCAGAAGAUUAAAGAGAGAAUUCCAGACAACCCGCUGGAGGCUGACCUGAUCAUGAUGGCAGAGAUGGUGGCGGAGGACAGUGAGAAGGACAAAGCUGUCUCCCAAGAAGACCAAGAUGAUCAUUUUAUUGAUUUCGAUUUGGAAGCCCUGUCCAGCCACCUAAGUUGGGAGGACGACAGCAUCUCGAGCACUUCACGAUGGGGACGAAGCUCAGAGUCUGAAAAAGUGCCACCACCCAGACAAUCACAACAGUCUCCCAGCCCACACCAACAAAUGGACCUGGAGGCAGAUUUUCCCGACGCAGAGAGGUUCGAGCAUUCGGAACAUUGCACGCAAGAAGACAAGCCCGUAUCUACCACCAGGCCCAAAAUACGCAAGAAGAAUCGUGAUUGUUUCUCUCAGAAAAAACGAGCCCGUAAACGCACAGAAGCUCCUCAGUCAUCAGCAGCUGAUGUUCCUCACCUGACUGGAGUGCACACUGAAUACGGCGUUCAGGCCUGGAAGAGCUGGGUACGCUGGAGGGAAACACAGCCUAAUAUAGAGAUGCCCAAAUUUGCCUCACGUAACAUUACAAUAAAAGAGGACCUGUUACAGUGCAGCACGACUGAACUAAGUUACGGCCUCUGGAAGUUCAUCAGCGAAGUUUGCCGCCCUAAUGGAGAAAAGUACCGACCAGACAGCAUCUAUUACCUCUGCUUAGGCAUUCAGCAGUACCUUUUUGAAAACAGCAGGAUGGAGAACAUCUUCACUGACGACUUCUACACUAAAUUCAGUCAAACUUUGUCUAGUUUACUGAAAGGCUGGAAACCCACUAUACUUCCAAGUGGCUACGUGCACUCUCGAGUGGAAGAAGAGUAUUUGUGGGAGUGUAAGCAGUUGGGCGCUUUCUCCCCGAGCGUGCUCCUCAACACUCUGCUUUACUUCUGCACCAAGUUCUUCAACUUUAAGACUGUAGCACAGCACCAGCGCCUUUCCUUCGCCCACAUCAUGCGCUGCACGAGUUCACAAAACAACGGGAACAAGAUGUCCUGCCUCCGCUUCUACCCUCCUGUACACAAAGGCAACAAAAAUACAUCGAACGAAGAUAAAGUCGGUGUCUCUGCCAAGAGGAAAAGAGAAGAGGAAGAGGAGGAAGGAGUGGUGCUGGAGAUGCAGGAGAACGCAGAAAACCCUCUCCGCUGUCCUGUUAGACUCUAUGAGUUCUAUCUGUCCAAAUGUUCAGGCAUGGUAAAGCAACGCACGUCUGUCUUCUAUCUGCGCCCAGAGCGCUCUUGUGUCCCCAACAGUCCCUUGUGGUUCUCCCACACGGCACUGGACGACAGCGAACUGGAGAACAUGCUCAGUCGCAUUCUCACCGUUCGAGAGAUCCACCUGGAGAGGGAAAAGCCCCAGAACGUGUCUGAUCCAGAGAACCAAACUGAUUCAGAAUAACGCAGUACUGAUGCUUCAUCUACAGACCAAACACUUUAAAACAGCGUUCUAGCAGGAGGAGAUAAAGAUCCUCUGGAACGUCUCUGUUUGUCCAACAUAGACACUUUGUGCUGAGCUGAGCUGAGCUGAGUGCUGUGUUUCUUAUGUUGUCGGAGACACCGUCGAGGACGUAGCGGUGCUCAGUAAGGAGAACGUAGCUGGAAUCCAAAUCUACAAGCGCACAAUCUUCAAUUCAGUCAUGUGAUUAUUGUUCACUUUUCUGUUUCCUUAUUCUCUUUACUAAAUAAAACAUCACACUAUCUGAAAUCACGACGGAGUCGCUCGCGUUCUGAGCGCCAAAGCAUGAUCCUAACUGUUGUACAGUGCUUUUUAUUUUCCUGCUUGUGUAAGCUGAUUCAUGUCGUAAAGAGACACAUCUGGAAACACUACAAUAGUUUUUUAGCCAUAGGUUUCACCCAUUUUUGUGUAAGGAUAUUUUUGUUUUUGAAUCAGUGUUUUGUUUGAUUUUUUUUUAAAUCAGACCCUGCCGCAAUGGAUGUCACAAAAUGCUUCACUUCUCUCUCAGAUUGUAUUUGAGUCCAGGUUUCAUUUUCUUUAACUACUACUUUUUUUUUAAUGGCUGAAAAAACAUGAGCCAGCAAAUCUCUUUUAAAUAAUUGAAACAAUUAAUAUGCUAUAAAAAAUCAUGUUUUGUGAUUUUUGAAAAGAAUAAAUAUGAAAUACUAAUGAAGGUUUUUCAGCGGUGCUACAGGAUACAUCACUUAAGCGUCAUAAAGCAUUAUCUGUUUGUAUACAGUGUGUAAGUGCACAGAUAACCUUUAACUCCUAUACUAAGAUGUGUGUUUAUUCAUUUGAUAUUUUCUUGUAUAUUUUUGGGUGUAAGAACUGAAACUGACACUACUGAAUUAAUGUUAAAUGAGUUAGGGACACUGUUACAUGUUUAUUAUACUUUGAGGCCUGGACAUCAUUAGAGAUUUGUGAUGUUUUACAAAGUUUCAUAUAAAACUUCACAAAUCGGUAAAUUUUGUGUUACAUUUGUGUUCAUUCUCCCUUUUCCUUACCUCACAAGCCAAAAGGUUUUUAUAGAAGGGUUAAAGAGUUACACCUCACCCAUGACUACCUGCUUACACAUCCAGAUUCUCUCAAGCUUGAGUCUCAAAAUCCUGGACGUUACCACAAAAUAAGCCGAACCAUUUAGUAUCUUGCUGAUAUGUCCAACUUAAACAAAUAUUGUGCCUCGAUAUUUGUACCUACAUCUGUUCAUUGUGUAAUUCAUCUCUAAAAUGUAUCCAUCUAUCCAUACACACUACAUACUGUAAACACAACAUGGCGGAUCCCUGAAAUGCUUCAUUAUUUGUGUAGACAAAUAUUCAAAUAAAUAUUUGAAAUUUUUUUUAGCA